CCGAAAUCCCCAAUCCCAUCCCACCAGACCGCCGUCACUCCUCCAGUCGCGGUCUCGCCGGUCACGGCUCCUCCACAGCCGCCAGUCGCGGCUCCUCCACUGCCGUCUCCUCCCCGCUCCAAAGCUCCGCCCCAGGUCGCCGUCUCGGCCCCGCAGGCCGCCGUCUCCUCCCCGCUCCGAGGUAGCAGGCCGCCGCCUCCGGCGAUCGAGUCGCGUCGGCCUAGAAGACAAUAAGCAUCGGCAGCCAUGUUCGGCUCCACCAACCCAUUCGGGCAGUCGUCCACCAACGCAUUUGGCCAGACCUCGUUUGGAACUCCGCAGGGAUUCGGCCAGUCUUCCACUGCUGCCAACAAUCCCUUUGCCCCAAAACCGUUUGGCAGCCCGACCACUACUUUUGGGGCACAGACUGGAAGCUCACUCUUUGCAACUACAUCUACCGGUGCCUUUGGCCAGCAGCAAUCCACUCCCGCAUUUGGUACAACAUCCACUGGUGCCUUUGGCCAGCAGCAAUCCACUCCCACAUUUGGCACUCCAUCCUCCUCUCCGUUCGGGAGCUCUACACCAGCCUUCGGUGCAUCCCCCACUCCUGCCUUUGGUGCGACAUCAUCUGGAUCUUUGUUUGGACAGAAGCCAAGUUUUGGGGGUUUUGGAUCAUCUCCUAGCCAGCCAAGUCCUUUUGGUAGCACGUUCCAGCAAACACAACCAACAUUUGGCAGCACCACUUUUGGUGCAUCAACUACGCCGGCAUUUGGUACGACGACUACGCCGGCAUUUGGCACCACAACUACACCGGCUUUCGGUGCCACGACUACCCCAGCAUUUGGUUCAACAUCAACGUCUUUAUUUGGUGCUUCUAGCACCCCAGCAUUUGGUUCUACUGCCUUUGGUACAUCUGCUACUGGUUUUGGAACUUCAGGGACCACAGCAUUUGGUGUGAAUAGUACUACUCAGGGUUUUGGAUCUUCAAGCACAAGCGCCUUCAGUUUUGGCUCUUCACCAUCUUUUGGACAAACAACAGUUUCCUCUGGUAGCACUCCCUUUGGAGCAACUCCAUCGCCUUUUGGUGCACCAGCUCCUGCAUUUGGCUCACAGACAGCAGCACCAGCUUUUGGGCAACCACAAUUUGCUAAUCAAGCUGGAGGAACCAGAAUAAAACCUUAUGCUCAAACACCAGAUGUUGACAGUGCUACCAGUGGUACUCAGCCUGCUGCAAAACUUGAUUCCAUCUCAGCGAUGCCUGAAUACAAAGACAAGAGUCACGAAGAAUUGAGGUGGGAAGACUAUCAGCGUGGAGACAAGGGUGGACCAAACCCUUCUGGAACUCCAGCAGCGGCACCUAGCUUUCCAUCAUCGCAACAGAAUGCUUUUGCUCCAACAAGCAAUCCAUUUAACCCGCCUGCGACAAACACAUUUUCAACAAUCAAUCCAUUUGCUCCUAAGCCUGCUCCAACUAGUACUUCACCAUUCAACACCUCAUUUAACAAUGCAUCUUCGAGCCCAUUCACAUCAUCCACUAGUACCACAAUGUUUGGGCAAACAGGUGUUUCUACAUUUCCAGCAAGUACUUCGCCAUCAUUAUUUGGAAAUACCAAUACUGCUUCUGGUACAUCGUCCUUAUUUGGUACAUCAAUGACGAAUAAUCCAAGUCCAUUCGGCACUGGCUCAUCAUUAGCUAACACUCAAUCAGCCCCACUAUUUUCCUCAUCAUUUGCUCAACCACUAUCAAGUACACCGGCUUUCUCCUCUGGGAGCCUAUUCGGUUCAACUAAUCCUGGCAAUCUGUUUAGCAGCAGCGGGCCUUCACUUUUUUCAACACCAACAUUUCAGCCAUCUGCCGCUGCUCAAUCUUCAAACAUGUUCUCCUUCCAACCUCCGAUUCAACCAGCAGUUUCUACAGGUGGAUUCCCUGGUUUUUCCAGCACUACGAAUCAGGCCUUGAUUGGACAGCCAACUAGCCAGUCCAGUAUGGUCAUGCAGCCUGCUCCUAUUUCAAAUCCAUUUGGGAUGCUUCCAGCAAUGCCUCAAAUGUCUAUUGGAAAUGGUGGAUCUUCACCAUCAGUUCAAUAUGGGAUAUCAAGUUUGCCGGUUGCUGAGAAGCCUCUUCAAAGUAGAGCAUUGUCCAUGGCGGUUCCUAGGCAUUUGUCACAGAGAAGGAUAAAACUGCUGCCGAGAAAAUAUAAUACAAUAUCUGAUGGCAAGGUUCCAUUCUUUGCUGAUGAUGAAGAAUCUCCAACACCGAAGGCAGAUGCUUUUUUCAUCCCUAGAGAGAACCCAAGGAAUCUGGUAAUUCGUCCAAUUGAGCAGUGGCCUUCGCGGAGAGAAACUGAUCGGCAGUCAACUUUGAAGAAUGCUACUGAUUUGAAUAAAUAUGAAGGUAAAUCUUUUGAUUACAGUACUGGAUUUCAUAUAAAUAGUCCCCAGCAAGGGCAUCAGCGUGGUAAGUCUGCUAUGUCACCAAGCAGCAGGACUCCUGCAGUGGAAAAUGACAAUCAGCAUGAGGCCAGGGCCAUGGCUCAGCAUGGGAAUGGCAAUAUUACUUCAGUUGAGAGGCUGUUGCCUAAACUUCCACGUGCAGAUUACUUCACAGAGCCUAGUAUAGAGGAGCUUGCAGCCAAAGAACGUGCGGAGGCAGGCUACUGCGGUUCGGUGAGGGACUUUGUUGUGGGGCGACAUGGCUAUGGCAGCAUCAAGUUUCUGGGAGUGACGGACGUGAGGUGCCUGGAUCUGGAGUCAAUAGUGGAGUUCAACAACCGGGAGGUGAUUGUGUACAAGGACGACAGCAAGAAGCCCCCUGUUGGUGAGGGGCUGAACAAGGCUGCGGAGGUGACUCUACUGAACAUCAAGUGCAUAAACAAGAAGACUGGGGAGCAGUACUGCGAGGGGGCAAGGGUGGAGAGGUACAGGGAGAUGCUGGUGAAGAAGGCGGAGGAGCAGGGCGCGGAGUUUGUGUCCUUUGACGCUGCCAAGGGAGAGUGGAAGUUCAGGGUGAAGCACUUCAGCGCCUAUGGGCUUUGGUGAUAUACAGUAAUCCUGAUUCCUCAGGAGUGAGGGAUGGACGAUGGAGUGUCUUGUAGUUAAAGUAGCGUUUUUUUUUGGUUGGUUUGCAUUGGAGUAGUGGUAGUUAUUAAGUUGCCCGCUUUACGCUUUUGUAAAAUGUCAUGCUGGGGUUCUGUCACCUUUUGUGCAAAAGAUUUGAGUUGUUGCUGUAAAAUGCUUGCAAACUGAGCUAUGCUGCUGAAAACUGCAGCAGCAGCAGCAGAAUCCGCCAUAACAGUAAGGCGUGUGCUACCUAUAAUUAACUAUGACUGCCCAUGCGCUGGUAAGCACGGUUCCACAAA